UCAUCUACUCUCUAGGGUGAGUGAAGCAAUACUAGAACAAGUUCUUCGUUCCCCCGCUCGUCUUAAAAGGUUCUGACGUUCUGUGCAGGAGAUUCAGUGGAGAGAGAGAGAGAAGAGAGAGAGAGAGAGAGAUGGGGGAGGCGCAAGAGAGCGAGAGCGCGGACCAGAAGACGGAGAAGACGAAAGAUGAUAUCGAGGGAUCGAUUACUUCCGCUAUGCGCGCACGAGUAGGGCAUUUCAAGGAACAGGCCGAUUCUUUAACUUUAGAAGGCGUGAGAAGAUUGUUAGAGAAGGACUUGGGUUUUGAAAAGUUUGCGUUGGAUGUUCAUAAAAGAUUCAUUAAGCAAUGUUUGGAAGAGUGUUUUGGAAGUCAUGAUAACGAGAAUGUUUCCAAGGGAUCAACAGACAAUAUGAAAGAAGCUACUAAUUCAGAAAAAGAAGAAACCAAAAGGUCACCUGAAGAACUUGAGCCCAAGAAAGAAGUAAAAGAUCAUAAUUCUGAAGAUGGGGACAAAAUGGAAGGAUCACCAGUUUUAGGUCUUUUGACAGAAGGAAAAACACCUAAUGAAACUGAGGGAUCUGAAGUUGUCGAGUCUGAUGUUCCUAGUGAGGAAAUGAUAAAGAAGGCUGUCAAAAAAAGAGCUGCUCAUUUCAGAGAAAAUUCUGAGACACUCACCAUGGUAGGAGCUCGUCGGUUAUUGGAAGAAGAUCUUGGACUUGAAAAAAAUUCUCUUGACCCCUAUAAAAAAUUCAUAAGUCAGCUGCUAGAUGAGGUAAUUCAAUCUCCUGAAAUUGCCAAAUCUGCAAAUGGGGUUAAGAAAAAGAAAGCUUCUCGUGGGAAGGUAUCUAAAAGAGAUACCAAAGGUCAAAGCUCUGAGUCUUUAGACAGUGGAGGUGGCGAGGUUGAUGAAGAUGAGGUGAAACCUAAAAGGGGAACUGCUCCAAAAGGAAGAUCAAGAAGCUCUGAAGUAUCAAAAAGCCACAAAAGUUCUGCAGAAGAAACUAAAGCAUCGAGCAACAAGAGGAAGAGACCUGUAGAACCAACAUCAGAGUCAGGGGAAAGUAGUGACAUUAAAGAUGGUCAAGACUUUUCUGAAGACGGUCAGUCUGAGUCUUCUGCUGAUGAGCCAGUCAAGAAGAAAAGAGAAGUUUCCAAUAAUGUAUAUGGUAAACGGGUGGAGAAUCUAAAAUCAAUAAUCAAAUCGUGUGGGAUGAGCAUCCCUCCUUCAGUUUACAAGAGAGCUAAGCAGGCUCCUGAGAAUAAACGUGAGUCAUACCUUAUAAAGGAGUUGGAAGAGAUUCUUGCAAAGGAAGGACUCUCUACAAAUCCUUCUGAAAAAGAAAUCAAGACGGUUAGGAAGAAGAAGGAAAGAGCAAAGGAGCUUGAGGGAAUUGACAUGAGCAAUAUCGUGUCAAGUUCCCGCAGGAGGUCUACUGCUAGUUAUGUAAUCCCUCCAAAGCCACAAAAAGCAGAGAUUGAUAGCACUGAAGAGGAAGAUGAUGCUGAUGGUGAUGAUGAUGAUGAAGAUGAUGAGGAUGAUGCUAGUGAUAGUGAAGGCAUGAGUGAAGAUGCUGAGGAUGAGAGUGAUUAGUCCUGAAGUAAAAGAAUUGCAAACCGGGACAUGGAAUGCCAGAGGUCCUGUUGAUAAAGAAUACGGUUUUUGUUUUUCGUUUUCUUUUUCUUUCCGUUUUUGCAGGAACAGCUGGUUUUUGAACGGCAUUUGCUGAGUUUGAGCCUUUUAUUUUUCCUUUUUUGUUCUUUUUAUGGGUUGUUGUAUGUAAAGACCAAUUAGAGAUCCACCCUUACAUGUGUAUAAUAGUCUCUAUGUUAUUAGGCUAUAAACGAGAUAGUGAAAAUGGUACCAAAUUAUCUGUUAGUUAAUUAUCUGUUAGUUAAUUAUCUGUUUUUUAA